AUGACUUCAAUGGAGCAGUUUAAUCUUGAUUUCCUUAAUAUUACUCAUUAUGAGAAUAUAUCAUCAAUGAAUUUAACGAAUAAUAUAAUUUCAUCCGAUAAAAAUGAUUUAAAUUGGCCCAUACUAACUUUAUCAAUAUUAGCUCUAACGGGUACACUUGGUAAUUUACUUGUAUGUAUAUCAAUAUCACUUGAUAAACAAUUACAAACAGUGACCAAUUGGUUCCUUUUUUCAUUAGCUAUUGCUGAUUGUUUAGUUAGCUUUGUUGUUUUACCAUUUUCAAUUAUCAAAGAUUUCCAGGGUUCGUGGCAGCUACCGAUUAUACUUUGUAAUUUAUUUGUUUUUUUCGAUGUACUACUAUGCACCACAUCCAUAUGGCAUUUAACAAUACUUUCUAUUGAUCGUUUUCUUCAUAUAUCUUGUCCGUUUCGUAGUCGAGAACGAAGUAAACGUAAAACCUUUUUAACCAUACUUUGUAUUUGGACAUUUUCUAUUGCCAUAUCAUGUAUUAUACUUAUACUUGGUUGUAUUGAUGAAAAAAAUAUCUUAAUUAUAGUCAAUGAACAUCGCCAUUAUUGUGCACUGAAUAACCGUUCAUUCAUUAUUUAUGGUUCAAUCAUUUGCUUUUGUAUACCCUGCAUACUUAUGCUUGUUACUUAUUCUUUAACUGUUCGUCGUUUACAACUAGAGGCCGCUAAAUGUUAUGCUGAUCCAGAUGAUCACGUAGCAAUCAAACGGCAAGCGUCAGAUCGUUUAAGACGACAUAGGUUAAGUUCGAAGCGACACAGAUCGUCGCAAAAUCAUCAGGCUAUUUUGUCAAAAGAAAUAUCAUCGUCGUCGAUCGUGUUACCUUGUUCAUCGACGGUCACUGAUACCGAUAACACGCAAAGUCCAAGUCAACAAUCUAGUCCACCUGUUAUACCAAUAGAACUACCACAUUCACAUCAACGUUCAUUUCUUCACAAUGCACUUGUUAAGAAAGCAGCUCAUGCAUUCAAAAGUGGAUCAGAAACUACAAGUGAACGUCGUGCAAUGAAAGUUCUUGGCAUUGUCUUCUUUGUCUUUCUUGUUGCUUGGCUUCCAUUCUCAAUAUUAAAUAUACUUUCAGCUGUUUGUCCAUCAUGUGCUAUAAAAGCAUCGUUAUUAAAUAUAACGAGUUGGCUUGGCUAUGUCUCGUCAAAUUUAAAUCCAAUUAUUUAUACUGCAUUUAAUGUUCGAUUUCGACGCGCAUUUGUAUCUAUAUUAACGUGCCAAACAAAUUAUUUUUCACACAAACGUAAAGGAAAUAAUUUGUAUAUAUUUGUUGCUACCAAUAAUCAACAGCAGAUACCUGCCGAUCAUGAACGAUAUUUUUUUCCUUCGCGUCGUUUUCUUAACGAACGAAAAUUAAAACAAAAGAACUAUACCUAA